GAUUGUGCUGUACAGUUCUGUAUACUUGCAAGCUCAUUGAUAUUGACCAGCAUCGAUCACAGGGGGCAUCGAAGGGAACACAGGACAGUCGUCGGAGAAUUCGAUUAACAUUGAUCAAUUCGAUCGAUUGAAACAACAGAAGAACAAAGAAAAAGCAUAUAGUAUCUUCAAAAUGAGGCCAUCAUCAACGACCCUCCUCGCCCUCCUCCCAGCCCUCACCAACUCCUGCUUCACGAAACGCGACUCCUCUUCCGAAGACUGGACCUACGACUCUCCCGACCACUGGGCAGACGAUAACAACAGCUACGGAACCUGUCGUAACGGGACCCACCAAUCUCCCAUCGACCUCACCGAGUCUACAAUCUCCAUCUCCACCCAUCAUCCAAAAUUCUUUUACGCCGGAAACUGGACCGGAAAUCUACACAACAACGGCCAUGGUCUCAAAUUUGACCUCACACAUGACGAAGACGACCUAAGUUCACUACCGCAAUUGACCUACACCAAUGCAAACAAUGAAGAAGAGACGGUGUACUUGAGCACAUUGCACACACAUGCCCCAGCAGAACAUAUCCCCAACAACGACCGCACAACAGCAGAAAUGCACUUCGUUCACGUCGACUCUACUGGUACCCCACGAGUCGUCGUGGCGUUCCUGCUCGACCCUUCUUACACUCGCCGCGACGCACAUUCGGAUUUCUUCUCACAAUUUGGAACUUUUCCAAAAUCAGUCGACGAUGAUGAAGUCGAGAAAGAAGAUUUCCAACCUGGAUUGGCACUUCCGCAAGUCAAUGACUUCAAGAAAUUCUGGACAUAUAGUGGGAGCUUGACGACGCCGCCUUGUACAGAGGGGAUCAGAUGGUUUGUGGCGGCGCAGACGAUGGUGCUGGGGGAUGAGCAAUUGCAGGAUCUGUUGAGCGUUAGCAAAUUUUCUGCCAGGCCGACAAGGCAUGUUUGGUUGCAUGAUGUUGGAUUAUGAGGAUGUUGUUGGAUUGUGAGCAUGAUGUUGCGAUAACAGGUGGAAGGUGUUUGGAGAGCGUUGGAAGGUUGUUGGUUGUUUACUGAUCUUGUACAGCGGCAC